AGAUAAACUUACUCAAGUUACCGAGUGUGUCAACACUAGAUGUGUGAUGCGUUGACUAAUUACUUUAUUUAUUUUUUAUUUAUGCAAAAAUAUAUAUUUUAAACUCAAGUGUACUUUUGGCGGUGGCUGUACUUAAAAAGGGAGUUUUGACAUGGCGGCGUGCACCGACGCGGAGGCGGGCGGCUCCCCGCGCGAGGCGCCGGAGCGCGUUAACGGGAAGCUGCUGAAGAGGCUGGAGACCGUGCCCGACAUCAAGCGCGACACCUCGGGCAUCACCACGCAGUACAUCGCCACGGGGAUCGUGAACCUGGGCGCGCUGGCGGCUGGGGCCUGCGUGGCGUGGUCCUCAUCAGCUCUGCCAAUCCUUAUCCAGCGAGACAGGGUGGGUGACGAGGUCCCGGGUAACGACACGGCGACGCGGGAGAGCCUCAACCUCGUUAUAUCAGAGUCCGAAGCGUCAUGGGUGGCGUCCCUGCUGUGUCUCGGCGCGUUCUGGGGCGCGGUCCCGGCCGGCCUCAUCUCUGAGCACUUCGGCCGGAAGAAGACCUUGCUGUACCUGGCGCUGCCACUGUUGGUCUCCUGGAUCUUGGUCGCUUCUAGCCCAAACGUGUACGGCCUGUACGUAGGCCGCUUCGUGGCGGGCGUGGCGGUGGGCGCGAUCAGCGUGGCCAUCCCACCCUACGUGGCCGACAUCGCGGAGACUGUUCUACUCCCGUCGCUGGUCAACUUCUACCAUGUGCUGUUCACUAGUGGGGUGCUGUUCGGGUAUAUUAUUGGUCUCGUCCAUGAAACAUCCUGGAUGUCAUUCCUCUGCGCCAGCAUCCCCAUCUCCUUCUUCGUAGCCUUCAUCUUCCUCCCUGAGUCUCCCACGUACCUCAUGUCACAAGGGAAAUUCAACGAAGCCAAAGCUGCCUUGAGGUACUUCAGAGGAAUCGACAACGACGUGGACGGAGAACUCAAGGUGUUGAAGGAACAGAUGAGGAACUACGCCAGAAACAAAGCCACGUUCAAAGAGCUGUUCAACACACGCGCAACUGUCAAAGCUCUCAUUGUCUCUUUCGGACUCAUGGUCUUCCAACAGAUGAGCGGCAUAUACCCUAUCCUUUUCUACGCCGAGACGAUAUUCAAUAAGUUCUCCGAUUCCAUGAACAAAACUGCGCCGAUCAUCGUUGGGUUCUUCUUAGUAUCUUCUACGUACUUCUCUACUAUGCUCUUGAAGAAGAUCAGAAGGCGUAUUUUGUUGCUUUUCUCUUUCGCGACAAUGUGCGUCACUGCGGGCUUCCUGGCUAUUUACUACCAUCUGAAGAUACCGGCUUCUCAGUCGGCCAACCACAUCUGGGUGCCUCUGUUGACUCUGUGCAUGUACGUGACGGCAUACGCGUCUGGCGUGGGGCCGAUACCCUGGCUGAUGCUGCGAGAAAUAUUCCCAGCAAAUGUCACAAGACGAGCCACGGCCAUCACGGCUGGAUUCCAUUGGCUGCUAGCGUUCGGAGUCACCAAACUAUUCCAGAAUUUAUUGUCUAUGAUCAAGCCUGGAUGGACGCUGUGGCAUUUCGCAGUCAACUGCAUCUUUGGGGCACUUUUCGUCUACUUCUUCGUGCCAGAAACCAAGAAUAGGACUCUAAAGGAAAUUCAGGAUGAGUUCGAGGGAAUCCACAAGGGAAAGAAACAUAAACAUGUGAUAGAGGUGGAGAGUAUCUCGGAAACGUGAAACAGAAAUCAAUGGAUGUAGUAGGAUAAGUUGGUUACUAAUUUUAUUUUGAGUGCGUUACAAAAAGAAUGAGGUUCCAAAAUAUGUUUAGGCUGAAAAACUGAAAUUUGUAUUUGUGUGUUUGUGAUUUUAUUUAUAUAAGGUAGUGGUUAGUUAAGAAUAAGACGACAAGUGUUUAAAUUAAGGGCAGUUACUUAUAAAAAUUUACAAGAUGACAAAGAUAUUUAUUAUAAUAAUAAAACAAUGCUCAAUUCUA